AUGAGUCCCGAUAAGUGCGCCACAUCAUCAUCAUCGCCGUCGGCCGCGCGGCCACCGACUGGUCGCUCUUCGCCCGGUCGAAAGUCAGCGAAAAAUGCUGACACACCACCGCCGGUCGCCGGCGAGAUGCAUCCGGCAGCAUCCGAGUUGGCAGCGCACGUUCCGAAGCCAAAAAGCAAGUCAACGAAAGGUGAGAAACAGCAGGCGGUGCAAUGGACUGGGCGUGAGAAUGAGCGACCCACGGGGCGAGUGAGUGGCCCGGUCAAACAACCGAUGCCGGCGAUGCGCACCGUCUACAUCCUGUUCAGUGUGCUGCUCGUGGGAAUGUUUAUUCUUUCGGCCGCCCUGCUCACGUACAUCGAUCGCAGACUACAACCGGCACCGGUUGUUGUUGUUGCACCGGCCGGGCACCAUCAUCACCCCGCGCCGGUAACCGUGGACGAAAUGCGCCGUCAGGUCGAGACGAUCGUCCGGAACUAUUGGAAACAUAAUAUCGAUAAAUUCAGCGAGGACUUACUAGCCCACGUCGGACGGAGGAGGUCGGUGCCGGAGUUUAGCACGUCAUUGCCUUACUUAGUAGCGAAUCAGAGAGUACAAAACGAGCGAAAGCUGCCGUUCCGGGAGGCGACCCGAGCCCGGCGCGAUCUCAGCCAGUUCGACGACAACCUGGUCCCGGAUCAGGACGGUCCAAAUGUGGAGUUCUUCAACCCCAAGCUGCGAUCGGAGCUCGAGAAGAAGGACGCCGAGAUAAUCAAGAAGACGGGCCAGAAGGGAGCGGCCCCCGGUGGCGAUAGUUGGGUUUGGCUGACGAGCUACUCGCGCAUUCCGUUCGAUGCAAUCACUGGAUUCUGCCGGGCAACGAAAGAAUACUGUCCUCCGGGUCCGCCCGGGUUGCCGGGCAUACCCGGGCCGAAGGGUAACCGUGGCGAUCCGGGUCUCCCGGGACCGGCCGGAGUGGACGGACGCGAGGGCAAGCCUGGGCCACGGGGACCGAAGGGCGAAAUCGGUUACCCGGGCAACCCGGGCCUGGAUGGGCGCGACGGUGUGCCGGGUGAACCGGGACUGGACGGUGUUCCGGGACGUGCCGGUGCCGAUGGCAUCCCUGGCAAGGACGGCAAGGACGGUACUUCCGGUGUCGAUGGACGCAACGGUAUCGACGGCAAGGACGGAUUCCCUGGUCCGAUGGGACCAAUCGGACCCCCUGGACCGGUCGGACCGAGAGGAAUUCACGGACCGAAAGGCAAACAGGGCCGCCCGGGCACGAACGGGACGCCCGGAACGCCCGGGAUAAACGCGUGGAAGGUGAAGGUGAACGACACGUUCUCGAACGAGCUGCUGGUGCCGCCAUCGAUCGCCGGUGCCGGCACGGUCGAGGCACUGCGGCCGAUCGUGGUCCACGAGGGGACUCACCUGCGGCUCCGGUGUGCGGCCACGGGCACCCCAAAACCACACGUCGAGUGGCGCCGGGCGGACGGAAAAACCAUUUCCAACGGAGCCUGGGAAGCAACCUCGAUGGCUGGCCACACGCUCAACAUAACCAAAAUCAAUCGGGUGCACAUGGGCGCGUACCAGUGCCUGGCGGACAACGGGAUCUCGCCACCGGCCAACCAGACGUUCAACAUCGAAGUGCACUUCGCACCGCUGAUCCGGGUUCGCAAUCAAAUGGCGUACGCCGUGAACGGCUCGACGGUAACGUUUGUGUGCGAGGUCGAAGCGUUCCCGGAGGCGAUCAAGUACUGGGAACGGUUUCCCGGAGGCCGGCUGCUGGAGAAUGGUGAUAAAUUUCAGAUGGAAACCCUUUUCGAUGGGUAUAAAUCGGUUAUGCGGUUGAACGUCACCAACAUCCGGCCUGGUGACUUUGGCGAGUAUCACUGUGUGGCCAAAAACGAGCUCGGCAUGACCGAGGCGGAGUUCCACCUGAUGGAACACUCGCCGUUCAUCAUUCGACCGCCGGGUUCGACGGACAUCAGCGUGUACGGUACGAAGCCGCCGGAGAAGGAAUCGUACGAAGACAUCUGCGGACCACCGACGACCUGCCCGGAGUGUCCGGACCCGAGGGACUUCAAGUGUAAGGACACGAUCGUGUCGCUGUACGAUUUGGUCGGGAAUCUGGAAAUCAAACCCAUCGGGAACGUCAGCUACACCGGGCUCUCCAACCGGACGACAGAUUGCGUCCUGUAUGCGGUGGGCAAACCGGUGUACCACAAGUACACGGAACAACUGUUCGGGGCCUGGCUAAAGGAUCCGGCCGCACGGAACGAUGCGCUGGAGAAGAAGGUUUGGGCCACCCGAGAGAACGACACCAAUCGGUUGUUCGAGUUCGCCAACAAGACCACGUACCGGAACAACGUGGCCACGAAAACGUACCGACUGGAGCGUCCGUUCCGGGGCAACGCGCACGUCGUCUACAAUGGGUCCUUUUACUACAACGAGCGCAACUCACCGAGAAUCGUCAAGUAUGACCUCAACGUGGAGCGCCAAACGGCAAUGACCGAACUCGAGGGCGUCACAACGAACGGGUCCAACUAUCUGUACACGACCGAAAUCAAUUACAUGGACUUCAACGUGGACGACAAUGGACUGUGGGUGAUUUACGGCACGCCGGACUCGAACAACACGAUGGUGGUCAAGCUGAACGAAAACAAUCUGACGGUACAGUACGGGUGGAACAUUAGCGUCAACCAUCACAAGGUGGGCGAAAUGUUCAUCGUUUGCGGCGUACUGUACGCGAUCGAUUCCGUGACGGAGCGGAACACGAAAAUCCGCCUGGCGCUCGAUCUCUACCACAGCAAACUGCUCGACGUGAGCCUGGCGUUCACCAACCCGUUCCGAAAGACGACCACCGUGGGCUACAAUUUCAAAAACAAGGAGCUGUACACGUGGGACCGUGGCAAUCAGUUGACCUACCCGAUCCGGUACCACGAGAUAGGGUACAACACGACCGCCUCGGAGAAGGCGGACGACGGGCUGAACCCACAGAUGCAAACCGGAUACGACAUCUUCACCGACCACGACACCGAAACGGAGGACGUACGCUAAAGAGCCGAACUUUAAAGUCGAAACUAUCCCUCUCACGGUGCACGCUGGGCACGAUUUCAAUCAAACGAAGGACGGAUGCGGCCGUGGCGCAAUGUGGCAAAAAUCAAUAUUUUUAAAUGUUCUUAUACACACACAGACGAAUAGGGAAUGGCCAACGGCACACGAGAGCGCGCCGUGUGAGUGAAAGAGAACUU